GAUCGAUGAAAAAAGGUAUCAGUUUUGCCAGCUCCAGCUUAUCUUAUCGACUCAAGUUCACUCAGUGUUUGGUUGGAAUUUCUAAUUGUAGUUUAUAAAUGAUUUCCAAAGUUUUACUUCCGAUUUUGGGAAAAACUCAAGUCUUAAAGUGAUUCAUGUCGAGGGCAAAAUGUCACGGAAGUAUUUCAUUAUUUGUUUGUUGUUUUCCUUGUGGACUAUAAUUCAAACGACUUUGCACUUACUCUUCGUCAUUUAUUCCUACUAUUUAAGCAUCUGCCGAAAAUCACCAACUGAGAGCACGACUAUAUUUUUCUACCUCACUUAUUUAUACAGUAGUGAUUGUCCAACACCCAAAAUCGAGGCCUCGAAUUCUUUGGAUUCUUACGUUACUAAAAUUUUCAACAGCAUUUUGAUCGACAAUAAUCCAAGUUUGGAUGCAAUUGUUAAAGAACUACUCGAAAAAAUCCACUUGUUUCCAGACCAUGUUUCUGCAUCUUCCAGAACCUCGGUCUUUUUGUUGUGUUUCAUUAUUUUGGAUGGCACUUGGGUGAUAUCAGCUGUGGCCCUUUUAAUGGGUACUUGUUUUGGGAUAAAGGAAUCGUUAUCGUUGUUUUUUUAUGGGCCUUGGUUGGUUCUAACCAUUUGUGUUUGUCUCUUUGACGCCGCUGCAAGCGUACUUUUUGGUUUAGACAUUUCAGAAUCUACAAAUUUCGCCAACUGGAUGUCGUUCGUUGGCAUCACCACCCCCUCCUCCUUUGACCUUGACUCCCAAAACCCUCCCCUCCUCCUCUCCGCCACCCCCUCCAUCGCUCUCGUGUGCAUAAGUAGCCGUUUCGUCAUCAUCUGGAUCUCCAAUUGGGUGGGUUUUAUUCUCGUUGUCAAGGCAACCAUUUCAGUGUACCAUGAAACUUACAAAAAUGAAAGACCACCACCAAAUCGACUAAAUCUAGACACCUCAGCUGCUCGAAUUCGCAACUGGCAAUUGUUUUACGGUGCUGUGGACACAACCACAAGUAGUGGAAGUGACAAAAGUGACAAAGAUCACAACUCGAAUAAUCAGAAUGAGGAAUCGGGGGAGUUUUACGCCUACUCGGAUGUGGUGGAGGGGCGCUGUUUGGAGGAGUUGAGGGGGCAGUUGCCAUGGUCGUAUCUCCGGGAGGAGGGGGGGAGUAAAGGGGAGGUGCGGAUUGAGUUGGAGAAGAGGAGAGAAAAUAGACUUCCGUCUGAUACUUCGACCGUUUCCGGAACUGAACUCUAGUUUAUUUAAUUUGGAUUUUUUUAUAUUUUUUUAAUUAAGUGUACAAAAAUAAAGAUUGCAAUAACUCGUCUUA